UACAAUGCAUACAAAACGAUGUUAUAACUUGACGUUUUCACUUCUAGAAACGAACGGAAUAUACAGAAACUUUGUAAUAGAAAAAAAGAACGAUAUUUAUAAGAAAUAUUACUCGAUUUUCGAUGAUGUUCCUCAACUUACCCCGUUGUUCUACCAAUAACGUUCGAAAUCCAAAUUGUACUACACGACGGGGCAUUAUAAUUGGAAUUGGAUGGCGCCCAGAUUACUGCCCUUUGUGAGAUUCGUGCGGAUUUAUCGCGUUGAAUCGCAAAUUAUCGCACGAUUCUCAAUUUCUCCUCUAUAUCGCAUACUUCUAUUUUAGGUUAAAGGACACCGCGGAAACGAUGCCUCUGCAUCGAACUCGCAGCUUCGUUACCCACCGAGCAGCUUCGAUCGAUCGUGGCAUGCGGCUGGCUGGCUAAAUGGAAGCAUAAGUGCAAUACAGAACACGGAUGAAACUUCUGAAGUUGUCUCGAUUUGUAACGGUCCACGAGUCCACGAGAAGGAAACAAAGUUGUUUCCUUGGACAUUCGCUUGAUAUCGAUUAUCUGCUCAUGUAUUAAGCGAACGAUUUGCUACAUAUUUGCGAAUUAAACCUCGAUUUUUCUCCUGAAACUGGUGUCGCAUUUUAACCUCUGUCCGAAUUAACUCGAACGUACGUACGUACGAUCCUGUGGGCCCUGAAAACAUUAAUCUGCCGAUGCGUUGAAAAUCUGCUUCAUGCGGCAGUACAUCGUUGCAACAGUUAGUCAGCGUGCAACUCUCACGACAUAGAAUAUAGAGCAUAGAGGGCCCCCCCUCGGAUUCUAUAAUCUGUACGGUUGGCCAACAAAAAAAAGAGAGAGAGAGAGACAGUAUAAAAAUAAUAUGUCGAGCACGAAUGAAAGUGAAAUUAGCGAGCGGUGGUAGACGGUUCUCCGUUUACUUCUCACCUGGGCGUUGUCCCCCCAGAGCACGGAUAUCGCUUCGAUACGCAAUCAUGGGUGACAAUUCGAUGAGGUUAGAGAAUUACGAGGUGCUCAAGGCUCUCUAUGAUUUCAAGGCCACAUUCGCGAAAACUCUCAGCUUUCAGGAGGGUGAUCACUUCAUCUUGUAUCAGACCAAUACCAAACAGAGAAACUGGUGGCAGGUGGUCAACAAGGAUGGCCAAAUCGGAUAUAUUCCUUCAAAUUACGUCACCACUGUGAAGGUGUCGUCUCAAGUAUUGAUCGAGUUCCUGGAAGAUUGUAUAACAAAUGUAAAGGCCGAAACUAAGAAACAAACCGGACUGCAAUUGGACAAGCAAGACCUUCUUCUGAGACUGAUAGAGAAGAAGAGACAGGCAGAAUCUAAUAAAAAACCCAAGAAGCAAGCUCCGAUGCCCCCAGACUUUGGGAAUAUAACGCCUAACAAUGAAACGUGUUCAUCGCCUGUUUGUGACACUCAAGAAGGAGAUGUUAAUGCUAUUCAAAGUAAUACUUCGUACAUGACAGCGCAGACAACCGUGCAUAAUAAUACAAAGCGGGAGGAAGCACCGGUUGUUCCGCAGUGUCAACGCACGCCAACAAAUGAACAAAAGGUGCAAUCUCUGCUGCGUCAGUCUUCCUCUGAGUCGCAGAAAAUUCAGGCGGAACUUCGUAAAAGUCCUCCUCAGAGUUCUAAUCUUAGGCAGACACCUACUAGUUCGCCUAUAAAAAAGAAAAAUUCAUUGUGUGAUAUUAACUCUCAUACUGCUUAUCAGUUACUUGACCAAGUGCGUAGAAAUACUCAGUUAAGCUAUGAAAUGUCGAAGGUGGCAGUGACGGUUGUUGUAACUGGAUUGCAACAGUUGUUACCCCAAAAUGUGGGCCACUAUUUCGAUGCCUUGUUGCAUCAAUUGGAAACACCAUUCACAGUAUCACAGAUGAGCAUAGAAGAAACGUAUGACGCUAACAGAUUGAAAGUAAUUUUUACAGAGCUUACUUCUUGUAAAGAAGAUUCUCAACAAAGAAAUUGGAUGCUUUAUGAAGACGAAUCUAUUAUUGUUGAUUAUAUAAAGGAACUUACGUCGAUAUUGACUAAUGCAGAUGCAAAUGUAUCUAGAUAUGUUUUACAACAGAAUCAGUAUAACGGAGUUAAUAUACUGAUACAAUAUUAUCAAAUGGAGCCAAGAUGGACUAUUAGGCAAUUGCUUUUACAGUCUUUUGGAGUAAUGUGCAGUCUAGAUUCUGUGAUCUUGACCAUAAUGUUAAAUAGUAUAUUGCCUAUGGAACUAGCAAGAGAUAUGAGGAGUAAUCCUAGAAACGUAACGAAAUUAAAUUAUUCUUCGUUACUGCUUACUAUGAUCUUUUCAAUGGGUGAACCUAUGCCAGUUACACAUUUGGAGCAACUGGGUCCGGAUUUUAUAGCGUUUAUUUUGGACUUGAUAGAGAAUCCGCCUGACAUGGAUUUGGAAGAUCAAAUUCCGGAUUUGUUUGUGAAUUUGAUAUUGUCGUACAACUUGCAAUUCACAAACUCGGAAAAUAUAGUCUUGAACGCGUUAAAAGAGAGAACAGUGGCAAAGAAUUUCACCGAGAAGAUCUUGCUUUUGUUCAAUCGAGAAGAGGAUCCUGUGCGAAUAUUCGAUCACGAACCGCCGCCCCCGCAUUCCGUACUGAAACUGUUUAUCGAUCUGUUCAGCAACGACAUCACGGCAGGUUUAUUCUAUACAAAUGACGUGAAAGUUUUAAUCGAUAUUAUAUUGCGUCAGUUGUACGACAUGUUCCCCGGCGACAAGGUACUGAAAAAAUAUUUUGCGAGGAGACUGGAGAAAGUCAAGAAGAUCAACAAUCGGUACGCGAAAUUAGCAACGAGUUCCCACAUUUGUUUAAAAUGUGACAUUUAUUUUCGCCUCCCGAUAAUAAAAGCCCGGAGGAUGAUGAUUUGCAAACUCUCGUGUAAGAUUUCCGGUAUGUAUAAUGGAGGAGAAGCGACGAAGAAUCCGAAAGUUACCGAUCGGAAGAACUUCUUUAUUUUUCUAAUACUUCUACUUUGCAAAUAUUUUGCUCAGCCAAUCUACUGUAUCAAGAACGCACACACACGAUUCGCAGAACCUUAAGCGCAUCAGAUUAUAUUUUUUUCUCAUUUUAAUCUUUCUAGUAAGCGAUACCAUUUAUUCUAGUUAAGAAAAGAAUACGAAAAGAAAUAAAAAAAAAAAAAGACACGUAAAUUAGCAUUUAAAGACUAUUGUAUAUAUUUAUAUAUAAGGGAGAAAGUUUUUCUCGUUCUAAGCAUGAGGACCAUUGAAGUAUAUAGAACCAUUCCACUACUCUGAUAGAGGUAAAUAAAUUAGUAUACGUGAAAGUAGUUUGGUUGCACGGAUUAAAAAGGUAUUCGAAUUAUUGCUCUGGUAAUAUUCAAUAAAAAUUUGAAUGCAUAGUUGGAACAUUUGCAAAUGUUCUCCGCGAAAGCUCUUCAACAAUGCAAGGAUUUCAAUCCUAUUCAAACCAAUUUAUGGUCUCUUGUCUCUGUAAAUUGUAUAGUCUAGUCCGCGUCUGUGCGAGUAAUGUUCUAAGUCAUACGUUAUUUAACUAAAUUACGUUCCAUUCUCUCUCGUGAAUGCGCAUAAACGAGCAAAGUUUAUAAAUUUGUUUAGCGAGAAUGUUGAUUCUCUCGCAAUCGCGAUCGUAGUGUUUCGCGAACAAGUUGGUCGCGAUGAAAAUUUCAUAGUUUAUUAGUGCCACUAUUUAUAGUUAUCGAAUUUUCUAGUCUAUUGUUAGCGACUCUAUUUUUUUAAACGUAUUGUAUUGUAUUAUGUUUACGACUAUUAACAUGUCAAUUACGAAGAAAUCUCAAAUUGUGAUUACGAAUCAAAUGUUAAAGAAAUAAAAAGUCUAGGCGAUCGACGAUUUGGUUUUUACCCCCUCCCGAACGAUAUUUGCACGGUCGAAUUAAGGGAAACAAAUCUCAAUAUCUUUUCAAUAGCGUUUUAUU